CAAAACACAACACCAUGGCAUUUUGAUUAAAAUUUCUCCUCGCUUUAUUCUGUUUUUUCUCUUAUAUCUCCUCCAUUUUCGACCGCCGCUGCCGUCUAACUUUUUGUUCGAAAUUUUCCGGCCGAAAUCGCCGGAACAGUUAAAACCCCUUAUUACUAUUGUCAUGCUUCCUAAUUUCCAUAAACCUCCUUUAGAACCCAAAACUCCUGAUAUUCCUGAUCGCAAAAGCUUAAUUUACUUCCUUCAACCCUUGCUCUCCUUUCACAAUCCCCGUAUAUGGCUUAUUCUUACCGUCCUCCUCCUUCAAAUUCUCCUCCUCCUCAAUGUCCGCUCUCUCCCCUUCUCCAUUUACAUCACAUCCCACCCCCACCGUAUCCCCCCUAUAUCUUCCGCCGCCACUAUUUCAACCAUCACCGAAGUUGAUAAUAUUACUAACUUGUGUCCUUUAGGAAAAGUAUAUGUCUAUGACCUCCCCCAAUUAUUCAACGCUGAGCUAAUACAAAAUUGCCACGAAUUAAACCCCUGGAUUUCGCCAUGCCAAGCGCUGUCGAACGACGGCUUUGGCGGCAGAGCCACCGGGCUUUCGAAAGUUGUUCCGGAAAGCCUUAUCGGGUCGUGGUAUUGGACGGACCAGUUUGCAUUGGAGCUAAUUUACCAUAACCGUAUGGUAAACUAUCGGUGCAGGACUAUGGAGCCGGAAUCUGCUACGGCUUUCUACAUCCCGUUCUACGCUGGACUAGCAGUGGGAAAGUACUUGUUUAAGAAGAACUCCAGAGCAAAAGAUCGUGAUAUGCAUUGCGAGCUGAUGCUCAACUGGGUCCAGAAUCAAACUUAUAUGAAGCCUAAAAACGGUUGGGAUCACUUCAUAUCCAUGGGCCGCAUCUCAUGGGAUUUCCGCCGAUCGAAAGAUAAAGAUUGGGGUUCUAGCUGUAUAUACAUGCCGGGAAUGCGUAACAUCACGCGCCUUCUAAUCGAGAAAAACCCUUGGGACUAUUUCGAUAUUGGUGUGCCUUAUCCCACCGGAUUCCACCCCAGCACCGCUAAUGACAUCACCCAGUGGCAGAACUUUGUCCGUUCGCGUGAAAGAAAAACUCUCUUCUGCUUUGCUGGAGCGACACGUGGACUUGUCAAGAAUGAUUUUCGAGGUUUGUUACUGAGUCAUUGUUACAGCGAGUCGGACUCGUGUCAAGUUUUGGACUGUGCUGGGUCUAAAUGCUCCAAUGGCACUUCUGAAAUUCUAGAAACUUUUCUCGACUCAGAUUUCUGCUUACAGCCUAGAGGUGACAGUUUCACUCGGCGGUCUAUUUUUGACUGCAUGGUGGCCGGUUCAAUUCCGGUCUUUUUCUGGAAGAGAACGGCUUAUUAUCAGUACGAGUGGUUUUUGCCUGGCGAACCAGAGAGUUACUCGGUUUUUAUAGACCGUUAUGAGGUAAAAAAUGGGUCCUCUAUUAAAGCUGUUCUUGAAAAAUUCAGCAAAGAAAAUGUAAAGUUAAUGCGAGAGAAAGUGAUAGAGAAUAUACAGAAGAUUGUGUAUGCUAAACCCAAAGAGGGGAUAGAUGGCAUUAAAGAUGCUUUUGAUAUUGCAGUGGAAGGUGUGUUGAGGAGAAUCAAGAAGCAGGAUGAAGUAGGGUAUAAAUGGUAAUAAAAAUUUGCAAAUGGGGAAAUUAAGGUUUAGGUAGAUAUGGGAGUGCAGCAGCUUUGCAGGUGCAUGGGCAUGGCGGCAGUUAAGUUUAGUUACUGUUUUCCUGCCACAGAUGCACGGUGCACCAUUGGAAAGCAGCUGCAUUUUGGGACGAAGUUGAUAUAAACUUUUACUGAUAUUUAUAUGAUGUAUUUAUUAUGUAGUAUAAGUAGCUUAUAUUGGUGGAUUUUUUGUGUUGAGAAUGGUAUAAAAUAAAUGGGGAGAAAUAUGUUGAAUGCAUUCUGACCGCGGUUGCUGUAAUAGUACUGUACAUUCCAAAAC